UCCCGCCACCUCGAUGCCCGCGGUCGACGAGUACUCGCGCGCGCGCCGCGCGCCCGCGGACAACAACGCCACCGCUAGCAGCAAUAACAGCGCCGCGUCGGGUCGUAGCAACCUCAGCGCCACGUUCCAGCACCAGGUGCAGGUGCGCGCGGGCGCCAGCGGCCCCAGCAGCCUGCGCGCGUCGUACCAGGACAAGAAGAAGCGCCACAGCAACAGCAGCAGGAAGAGCGCGCAGAUGCGCCACUCGCUCACGCACGUGCAGGCGGACGCGCCGGCGUCGGGCCGCUCCAGCGCGUCCUCCACGUCGGGCUCGGCACUGUCGCCGCCGCCGCGCAGCUCCAACUUCCUCAGCCUGCACACCACGAGCCGCGAGCUGAGUCCGCAGCACCAGCUGCACCCGGAGUAUCCGACCGCCCCCCCCGCGGGCGACGACAUCCUCAAGGUGGAGAUCCCCAAGUGGAAGUCCAAGCUCACGACGGACCGAGCGGACCGCGUGCACAUCCCCGCGGGCGCGGACAGCGCCGGCAACUCGCCCGUGGCCAGCGGAGCCGCCGGUAGAUCGUCGACGUGGAACGGCAAGGACGGACGAGGAGGACACGGAGGCUCCAUGGGCGCCUUGGUGCUGGGGAGAGACCGGGAUAGUGGCAGCAAGAAGCGGUAUACGGUGUUCCAAGUGUACGUGCACUUCCAGUCGGGAGCGGUGCGCGUGUCGGAGAAGAGGUACAGCCACUUCCGGGAGCUGCACAAGACGCUGCGGAGGAAGUACGCGACGGUGGGGAAGCUCUACUUCCCGCCCAAGAAGUUUUUCAUGUCCUUGUCGCUGCGCGUGAUUGAGCAGCGGCGCGAGGCCAUCGAGACGUACAUGAACGCGGUGCUGACGCUGCGGCCACGGCCGGCGGAGGUGGUGCAGUUCCUGAGCAGCGGCAGCAGCUCCGUGGACGAGGACGAGGACGGAAACAGCACGGACGGACCCGCGCGCGGCGUGGACAUGGUGACGGCGCCCAAGCACGUGCAAUCGACGUCGACAGCGCUCGGGACGUCUUCGCGGCUCAGCGGCAGCAACAGCUUUGCUUCGGAGGACGCUGGAGGACACAUGGUGACCAUGCAGGACUUUGAGAUCUUAAAAAUGCUCGGAAAGGGAUCCUUCGGGAAGGUCUACAUGGCCCGGGAGCGCGGGACGGACGGCAAGAUCUACGCCAUGAAGGUGCUGCGCAAGUCCGAGUUGGUCAAGCGCAACCAGGUCGGACACACCAUGAUGGAGCGGCGCAUCAUGAGCUCCAUUAACCACCCUUUCAUUGUGGGUCUCAAGUACUCGUUCCAGACGGCCAGCAAGCUCGUGAUGGUCUCCGACUAUUGCUGCGGUGGCGAAAUCUUCUUCCACCUCAAGAAGUUCCGUUCCUUCUCGGAGGCCAUGGUGCGGUUCUACGCCGCGGAGCUGGUGGCGGCCAUUGGCCACUUGCACGAGCGUGACAUCAUCUACCGCGACCUCAAGCCGGAGAACAUUCUUUUAGACGAGACGGGUCACGUGCGACUCACCGACUUUGGCCUCUCGAAAACGGACUGCACAGACUUUUCAGGCGCCAAGACUUUUUGCGGCACGCCCGAGUAUCUGGCGCCGGAAAUGCUCAUCAGCCGCAAGAAGAAGACCGAGUACGGCAAGGCCAUCGACUGGUGGAGCCUCGGCACGCUCAUGUACGAAAUGCUCACGGGGUGGCCGCCUUUCUUCGACCGGAACAUCGAGCAGAUGUGCACCAAGAUCAUGAAGUCGCCGCUCAAAUUCCCGGCACAUUUCGGCCUGAGUUCGGAAGUCAAGAGCCUAAUUUCGGCCUUGCUGGAGCGCGAUCCGGCGUACAGAAUCGGCUCCCGCCCUGGUGCGGGCGUUGAGGACAUCAAGAACCACGUUUUCUUUGCUAGCAUCGACUGGAAUUUACUGGAGAAGCGUGGUAUCAAACCGCCUUUCAAGCCGCGCGUGCGCAGCCCGACGGACAUCCAGAACUUCGACCGCGAGUUCACGAAGGAGCUACCGGAUCAUGGUUUCUUGCAGCAGGACAAACGCCUGGCAGUGUCACCGAAGAACGAGUUCCAGGGCUUCUCCUACACACGGAUCGAAGAGCCUGCGUCUCUGUCCCGCGAGUCUAGAAGCAGCAAACGGGAAAAGCGCCGGUCAGGACGCCGAUCGGAGCCACGGGUCAGCGAAGGGUACGUACGAGGAAGGCAUUGAAGCAGCGUUGGACGUCGACCUGGUUGGUCUUCUGGGUCAUCGUAGGGAUGGCUGAUUCUUGCUUCUUCUCUCUUGCUUCUUGGCAUGGGCCGUAGAAUCGAGCACGAGUCCCAGUGGGCGGAGGAACAGCAGUAUCCCGAGUUCGGCCUCGUCGGCCGCGACAGCACGGAUUUCGACACUGGUUGUAUCUAGAGCGCGUGGAUCUAGGCCAGCCCAACUGCUGGUCAACCACGUGCUCGUCAUGUCCAGUACAAGAAGAGAAAGCAGGUGGGCACCACCGUCAAGUGCAUGCGAUGAUAUUUUGUUUCUAAUUUAGACUUGAUACAGGUAUGGAGCGAUCCCCCCGAGUCGAGUUGUUCGCUGGGAGACGCGAAAUACGUUGUAAGAAAAUGAAUGAACCUAAAGAUUACAUGAGAUUAGCACAUCCAGCAAUUGCUCGUUCUGAAGACCGUCAGUUGUUGAUACAGCAAUGCUCCUCCGUUGCCCGCCGCCACUGGUGCUUGCGGUCGUAUCCGUAGAACACAGGCAGCAUCUU